AUGGACUUCUCUCACCAGUAUUUCGCACAAGCGCAGCCGUACCAGUUCAUGGGCAUCCCGCCCCUAACGCCAUCCCAUUCAAACUCGGCAGGUUCAGACGACUUCAACACAACAUCUCCACCGGAUGUCUACGCCGAAUAUCCCAACGACCAGCAGCACUUCAACAACUUUGAUAACUAUGCUGCUGCCCAGCAGUUCAAUCCUCAGCAUACAUCAUUCCCUGGCCCUCCUGGCCCACCGACACCACCGAACCAUGGCUUGCCCGUACAGCAGCCCGUACAACAGCAACGGACACAACACAAUGGAAUGAGCGCUCCCCCGGUACAGCAGAUCAAGGCUCAGCCCGAUGCUCUCGUUCACAAGCAGGAGCCCCUCGACGAUCAUUCUCGUCGGGGUCAGUCAAAUUCGGACGAUGAAGAAAACAUGACGCCUGCGCAAUCAAGGAGGAAAGCACAAAACCGCGCCGCGCAACGCGCAUUCCGGGAACGAAAGGAGAGACACGUCAAGGACCUGGAGGCCAAGCUUGCGAACCUAGAGGCGGAGGCUCAACAAAAGUCGACUGAAAACGAACGACUCAAGCGUGAGAUGCAAAAGAUCAGCACCGAAAAUGAGAUUCUACGUGCAACCUCGUCAAUGAACGGCCACCAUAGCUCUGCGUCACCAGAACCCCGGACAACAGGUCCCAUGCACUACAACCCGAAGGACUUCUACACAGACCUGCUAGCUCCGCACAAUAACAAGACGCCGAGUCAUCGAGUCGCUAUUUCAUCCGACGGCGAACGCUUGCUGGCAGCCGGCGCUACAUGGGAUUUCAUCAUCAGCCACCCGCUGUUCAAGAGAGGUCUGGUGGACGUCGGCGACGUAAGCGAAAGACUCAAGAAUCAAGCACGAUGCGACGGCCAAGGCCCUGUAUUUUCGGAGCGCUGCAUCAUCGAAGCCAUCGAAGGUAGCGUUGCGAGCGGGAGUGACGAACUGCUCUAG